GAAAGAAAAGACAGCUUUUAACAGUUUUAAUCUUUUUUAAUUAUUAAUAUCGUGUUUAUAAUACUAUCAAUUAUUGCGUGUGUAUAUAUAUAUAUAUAGUGAGUAUGUAAUGUAACAAAAGAAACUACGUAUAAAGAAUUUUUAUUAAAAUGUCAAGAUAUUUGGAAAGAAUACAAACAAUAUUAAAAAAUGCAGAUAGUAAAAAAAUUACAGAUAAAAGGAAAUGCGUUGUAAAUUUAUUAGAACUAUACGAGAAUGAAGAAGCAGUAGUAGAAGUUUGUAAAAAUACUGAAAGAAAUGAAACAAAAGAAGGUAUUAUAGAUUGGUCAUAUAUAGUACAUACUGUUCAUAGGAUAUUAUUAAAUGAAACAGAUAGACUUGCUAAUAAAGAUACUUGUAAUAAAAUAAUAGUAACUGAACGAAAUAAUACAUGCAUACUUGUACAAAAAACAUUUCAAUAUGCAAGUUGUUAUAAAGUGCCACUAUUAAAAUGCAAAGAUAUAAUGCCUUUAAUUUUGCAAAUUCUAGGAACAAAUAUAUAUGAACAUUACCAUGAUACUUAUUUAAAUGUGCUAAUUUCUUACAUACUUCCAUUUAGAACAUAUCAGGUGAAUAUGGUACCUAAGCAUUGGGAAGAACUGUUAAAAAUAUGUAUAAAUUUAUAUAAACGUAUGUCUUCUCUCACAAGUAAAAGAGCUGUUUUGAAUGCCCUGCAAAUGAUUAUUGAGUAUGGUUGUUUGUAUUCGAAUUUAUUCUUAAACGUAGAAGAAAUACUAUUGUUUUUAGAAAGUAUUUUGCUCGAUGUAAAAUUAAAUGAAGAAAUUUUGGCUGAAUCUGGCUAUAAACUUACAAAUAUAAUAUGUCAACAAAUUGCAAUAGAAUAUAGAAUUACAUUGUGUCAUUUUAGUGAAAAUAUUUUGCCAAAUAUAAUCAGCUUAAAAGGUUCUACAGAGAAAUACAAACUUGUACUAUUUUUUGUAAAAGUUCAUCAUCCUGAAGGAGUACACACAACCUGUAAUGGUGCUUAUUCUUAUGAUUGGAAUAAGUGGCACGUAAUUCUUAAAAAUAUAUAUCUAAUGAUUUUGAAAGAUCUAAAAGCAGAUAUACUUGUAAAGAGUUUUCUUUGGCUUGCAGCUGAAGUUUUUAAACAAAUAAUAGAAAAUCCAAAUUUGAUUAUCGAAGAAAAAUUAUUUAACGAAUAUGAUUAUAUACAACCGGUAAAACGCAGACGAAUUGCUGCCAAAAUAAAUGGACCAGUUGAUAUCCUUAUGGAUAAUAAUCCAGAAGAAGCUUGGCCCAUGAUACAAAUUUUAACAAUAUUAUUUAAACGAUAUCCUGAAUGUUUAAAAUCAGAAGAUUAUCCGAUAUUCUUAAGAAUCUUAGUAAAUCUUUUUAGGCUAUCUCGUAAAGAAGAAAAUAUUAUAAAUAAUUUAUAUGAACUAGCUGCUGUUUUAUUAGUGAAUGAAAAAAUAUAUUCUGUAACAGAUAUAGAAAAUUCAAACAUUUACUGGGAUCAAAUAUGGGAUAUUCUAUUAAGAUCUUUGAACAUAAAUCAGAAUGAAAUAUCAACUCAUAAACUCACACAGCUUUUUAUAGUACAUAAUAAAAUAACAAAUCCAAAUGCACUUCUAAAACUAUAUUUGACAAAUGUUAUUAAAUGGUCUAUUAUGAGUGUUCGUACAUUGAUAAUAGUAUGUGAACAUUUACCUUUGCCUACUGAUAUGACAGUGUUUAAUACAAAUGUACAUUCAUCAACAAUGGAUACAAAUUCUGUUAGAUCAUGUCUUAUAAAAUGGAUAUUAAAUAUUCCUUGGCAUAAAAUGGCAACACAAAUAAAAAUUGACGAAUUGUGUUUAUUACUUAUCAGCAUAACAUUAAAAUCAAAACAUCAAAAACAAAUAAAAUUCAAUGAACUGAAUGAUAUUAACAACUUAUGUGACUGCUUAAGAAAUGAACAAAAUACUGACAUAUUUUGUGAACAUAUUGAACAAUAUUAUUUACUAUUAACAUAUAAAAAAAAUAUAUUUUCCGAGGAAAGCAAAGAAAAUUUUGAAGAAAAACCAAAAGUAAAUCAACAUGUAUUAUAUAUGGAAGAUAUUGUAACUUAUUUAAUGAACAGUUUACAUAAUAUUAUAAAAAAUGAAAGUAAAAAUGAUGAUCUUCAUAUAAUUAUAAUAAAAAUUGCGAUAAUAGGAAAAGUUAUAUCAAUGAUGAAAGAAUUAAACAUGGUAUCUAAAAAUAUAGAAGAGUUGUCCUUAAUACAGGCAUUAAAAAAUUAUAUAAAUAUUGCUUAUAGUUCAUUAGAGAAAUUAAAUCCAAAAAGCAAGUAUACUUACCUUCUUAACGUAACGAAAGUACUUAAUACGUUGUACGAAACAUCAUAUGAUGCUGAUAUAGCAAAAAUAAUUGUCACAUCUACAACAUUAGAUAUGUUGAAAAAUAUAUUUAAUUUAAUGAAUAUCGAAGACAAUGAAAUUAGACGUAAAUAUUUAGAUAGAGAAGUUAUUCAAGACCGAUGUGACUUUUGCAACAAUGGUACAAUUAGAAUACAAACAACAAAAGCUUUAACAUUGUUUUGUUGCAUAAAUGUAGAACAAAAAAGAAAUGAAAUUCAAGUAAAACUUAUGAAUAAUUUGCUUAAAACUGAUAUGUAUGAUCUUUCACAUACAGUUGAUUCUGCAAUGGCUAUAAUAGUUUUAAAAUCUUUGUUAAGAUACGACAAAGAAGAGUUAUGGAAAAAUCACGAAGAACUGCCAUUGGAAAAUCUGUUGAAAUUGUAUCGUGAAUGUUAUAAAGACGAAACAGUUAUACGUUAUAUAUUGAAUAUUUUUCCAUAUUUUUUUAAUUAUGCCAUAAUUUACAAUUACCACUUGGACAAUUUAAUGAAUAUUAUUGUCCAAUUUAAUAAGUUGCGAUCUGAAAGAAGAUAUGGUUUUCUUGCUCAUAAAGAAUUUAUUAAAUGCCUUUCAGAAAUUAUUUAUACCAGUCCUUCUCAUUUUUAUUACACACGUGAUACUUUAAUUCAAAUGCCAAUAAUCGAAGGAAUUUUAUCAUCUCUUAACAGUCCUUCAUUUUUUGUUCAAGUGCAAAUAAUUAAAUGUAUACAAAGAAUAUAUUCUUCAAAAAAUGUUAAUUUCGAAAAAAUAGAAAAGUCAAUAGAUAAAUUGACUAUUAAUAAUGAAAACAACGACAAAAUAAAAAUAGACAAGAAACAAGUUAUAACAGCAAGUAUUUCACUAAUGCUUGCUGCCAUAAUAUCUAGCAAUGGAACAUUUCAGUGUCAUGCUUUAUUAACAAUGUUGCGCUUUACUAUUGAUAAAAAAGUAGAGAGUCAAAUAAUUUCAAGAUCAAUAGACACUAUGUCAAAUCAAAUCAAUUAUGAUUUGAACAUCGUGGACGAAAAUUUUAAUUAUUUAAUGACAUACUGGUUUAAUUCUAAAUAUUCGUUACAAUUAUUUCCUUGGAAUUUAACACGAUGUGAAUCAGAAGAACAAUUUUAUAAAACACAUAGCAACAUAAUAGCAUUUAUUAAAUUUCAAAAUUUAGAACUUUCUAAUGUUAUUUCCUUUUGCAAUUCUAUUAACUUAUCAUUCGAAGAAACCAUUGAAAAUAUUUUUCCACAAAUUUUAUCAUGGUUAUUAUACUGUAUUAGUGGAAAUAAUGAAAAUAUAUCAGAGGAAUUGGCAUGUAAAGUGUUUCAAAAAUUAAUAUCAAAUGAAGAUGAAUUCGCUAGAACAAAGAAAUUUUCUAAUUUAUUUAGAGAUAAAUUUGAAAAAAUAUUAAUAUUUCUUAUUGAAAGAUUACACGACGAAGAUUAUCUUGAAGAAAUAUUAGGAGAAAGAAUAUUAUUUGCAAUAUCAGAUCCUCCUCAUUUUAAGAAGGAAAUAAUAAUUAUUUGUUUAAAGUACAUAGAAGAAAACUUUUUGAUACAAAAGAAUUCUAUACAAUAUGUUUUAGUAUGUAAUUAUCCAAGUACAUUGCAAAGAAUAUUAUCACAUUUAAUUAAUAAUGUCUAUAAAAGAGAAUUCGAGGAACAUAAGAUAAAAGCUUUUCAUCAAUACUUAUUUUUUUGUACAUUAAUUAUUAAAGAGUUGAAACAAGAAUAUUUCAAUACACUAUCUAUAUAUGUCAUAAAAGAUGUUGGUUACAAUUUACUUCAUAUAAUUAAAUUACACGAUGAUAUUCUUCGUAAAUUAGCUUGUAAAUAUUUUUACGAAUUUGUAAAACAUAUUUUACGUGCAAGAAGUGAACAAAUCAAGGAAAUUCUGAAUUUUACUGUUAUGACUUUAACUCCUAUAGCACAAACAGAAAAGAUGCCGAUAACUUUAGAAAUACUUAAAUUCUUAAUAAUUGAUCAAAAAGAAAUAUUAUACGAUGCAAUAGAGAAAUUGAAUUCAUUUCCAAACGUACCUAUAUUUCUAGAAAUACGAAAAGUUCAUAAUAGUUUGAAAUAUAAAGCAAAUAAAAUUUAUAGUUUAGAACAAGAAAUACAACAUUUUUUAUGUACAGUUGCUGAUAAGGAUAUAUAUUAUAGCAUAGAAGAUAUUGUUCAUUUACAAAUACAAUUGUCUACAAGAAAAGAAGAAUUACGAGAAUUAUAUGCUAAACUUGAAACAUUUCACGGAUUCUUUGAAGAUUGUACUUUAAGCAUGUUGCAUCAGCUGAUAUAUAAACUUAUAAGACUGACAGCAUCUUCUGAUAUAAAUGUUUCAAUUGAAGCUGUGAAAUGUUUAGGCGAAUUAGGACCAACUGAUUUGACAUCAAUGAUAUACUUUGAGAAAAGUCACGUUCAAGAAUCUUCUGACUUGAUAGAAAUACUAUCAUAUAAAAUAAUAACAAUAAUGGUACAAUUUUUAUUUCAAAGUGAUAUUGAAUUUCGAAAAAUUAGUGCUAAUAUACUGCAUGUUAUAUUUUCGUCUUCUUGGGGACAAAAGCUGUUAAAUACUAAAUAUAUGGAACAUAUAAAAACUGUUUUGAACGAAUCACAAUCAAUAUUACCUCUAAGUUAUAUUCAGCCAUUUAUAAAUAACAAACAUUCAAAAAUGAAUAACAUUGAUAUAAACUACACAAAAGUUUAUGACAUUAUAAAUCCAGAUAAUACUAUUUGGACAAUUCAGUCUGAUGGAUCAUAUACUAGUUGGAUUGUAGCAUUAACAUAUAGUGUUCUAGACUGUUUUACAGGAUUUUAUUCUGAAAAUUUGAUUCCCAUUUGUACAUUAAGUACUGAAUUUUGUGAAAUAAUUUUACCAAGAAUUAUCUUUUUAAUACUUUAUAUAGAUAAACAUUUUAUGAGUACUAUAUGUUUAUGUAUUAAUAAAAUUUUUGAAUAUCAUUUUAAUUUUACAAAUAAUUUAGAAACGAGCAUUUCUUCACAAAAAUUUACAAAUUGCGAUCAUCGUAUCGUAUGUUGUAUGUUGAAUAUCGUGAAUUAUAUUAGAAUGCAAGUUUCAAAUAAUGUUUUAGAAUUGAAUUAUAUAUAUAUUGCAAAAGCUGCCAAAUAUUGUUCAGCAUUUUUUACUGCAAUAUUAUAUGCAGAAAUGUCCUGUGAAACUAUCUUAAAUGAUUAUAACAAAUUUCAAACUUCAAAAAUUGAUUAUGUCUAUGAAAUAUCACCUGAAGAAGGAAAAAUAAUACAGAAUAUACUUAGAGAUUCUUACGCCAAAAUAGGUGAUUUUGAUGCAAUUGAUGGUACUGGUUCUUCACAUUUACAAGAUUAUUCUAGUCGUAUUCGGCAUUAUCUACACACAAAUAAAUGGGAUAAAGUAAUGCUUGCACAAGAUGUUGAACUUUCUUCUGGAAAUAUGGCAGUAAUUAAAGAAAUGGCAAAUGGAUUAUACCAAUCUGGUCUUCAAUAUUUGCUUAGCAAUUUUAUAUCUACUAUGUCAAAUAAUGGUGCAAAAAUAGAUGAAGAUAUUCAAUACGAAUGUGCUUGGCGACUUGGUAAUUGGAAUAUUUGCGAGACAAACCAAUCUUUAUAUGCACAAAGUAACUGCAAUUUAAAAUUAGAAAUAACUGAACAUGAUUAUCAUUUUUAUCAUUAUCAAGCAUUAAAAUAUUUUCACGAAGGCAAUAAAACGGGUAUUCAGGAUGCAAUUCAGAGUGCUCGCAUAAGUAUUAUUAAAGCUCUUAGAAAUAUUAGUCUAGAAAGUAGCAAAACUAUAUACGAAAAGUUAAUGCAAUUACAAUUAAUUAAUGAAAUUGAGGAAUUAAACUUUGCCAAGCAAGAUGAAUAUGACAAAAUUUUGUACAAGUGGCAACAACAGGAUGUUGCAAAUUUUAAUGAAUUUGAAUAUAUUGAACCCAUUUUAACUCAAAGAACUAUUAUGUUUCAAAUAAAUAAUACUUUAACUAAUAAUGUAAAUAUUAAGAGUGCACUUUUUAAUACAUAUUUACAAAUAUCAAAAAUAGCAGCAGAUAAAGAUAAUUUGCAUUGUGCUACACGUUCAUUAGCCAUCUUAACAAAGCAAAAGGAUAUACCACCGAAAAUUCAAGAUCAAUUACUUUAUCAAGAAUCUCUGUUAGCACGACUUACAAAAGAUUUAGAUAUUGGACGAUUCCUUUUACGUAACUUGAUGCAGAAGGAAACUUUAGAUGCAAAUUUGCGAGCGCAAAUAUUAAGAGUUUACGGAGAUUGGAUGGCUGAAACGAAAUCAGAAAAUCCUCAGAUUGUAAUACAAAAAUAUUAUUUGAAAUCUAUAGAUAUAAACACAUUGAUUAAUACACAAGAUACCGAUAGUAUUAAAGAUUUACACGAUACACAAGUAGCUUUAGCUCGUUUUGCUGAUAAUCAAUUUCAACAAAUUAGUUCGUAUAUAAAUUCUUCUCAAUUUGAACAUCUGAAAGAAUGUGUUACAUACUCUGAUAAAGGAAUUAAUGUACAUUCAAUUAGCGAGGAUAAAGAUAUUAGAAGUGCAAUGAUCUUAAAUCAAAGACAAAAUACAAAUGAUGUUGCAGAGCUGGAACAUAUACAAAAAGAAAGAGAUAAUUAUUUGAUUUUAGCAUUAAAGUAUUACUUAAUAGUAUUACAGCAAAGUGAAAAUUAUAAUUUGCUGAUAUUUAGAAUAAUUGCACUUUGGUUGGAUAAUAAAGAUCAAAAAGAAAUUAAUGAUUUAUUACAAGAAAAUCUUAACGGAAUACCAUCUUUCAAAUUUAUUCCACUUGUGCCACAAUUAGCUGCGCAUAUGAAUGAUAAUUUCAACAAAUUUUCUGAAAAAAUAUAUAAAAUUAUGCAACGUUGUGCUUUAGAACAUCCACAUCAUACGUUACCAGUAUUAUUGGCGUUAAAAAAUUUACAUGGUGAUUACGAGUAUAAUACAGUUAGAAAAAAUAAAAUACUAGAAUCAAGAGUUCUUGGCGCACAAAAAUUGUUGCAAGAAUUAACAGAAUCAAAUAUAACUCCAAUUAUACAAGAAAUGGAAAAAUUAUCACAUGCUUUAGUUAUGUUAGCCAAUCUUGCAACUACUUCAAGCAAACCAGGUUGUAAAAUCAAAAUACCAAAAAAUCAAAAAAUUUUAAAAAUUAAAAAUUUUGAGAACAUAUUUAUACUAACAUUAACAAUUGAUGUACGGCCGCUUAGAAAUUACAACAAUGUUAUUGGUAUUGCUAAAUAUACAGAAUCAUAUGAAACUGUUGGAGGCAUAAAUACUCCAAAAAAAUUAACUUGUAUUGGCACAGAUGGCACACAUAGAUAUCAAUUAAUAAAGGGAAAAGAUGAUUUACGGCAAGAUGCCGUGAUGCAACAAGUUUUUAAUGUAAUGAAUACAUUAUUAAAAUCUUAUAAAGAAACUAAACGUAGAAAAUUAACACUUAGAACUUACAAGGUCGUGCCAUUAACACAAAGAUCAGGAAUACUUGAAUGGUGUAAUAAUACGAUGCCUAUUAUAACCAUAUUGAUAGGUUCAAAUACUAAUGCAGGACUUUGUAAGAAAUAUUAUCCAAAGGAUUAUGCAGCAAAUGACUGUAAAGAAAAAUUAGCAGCAGUGGUAAAAUCAUCAACUGAUAUAAAAUUGAAAGUAUUUAUGGAUUGCUGCGCACAUAUGCAUCCAGUGAUGCAUCACUUUUUUACUGAAAAAUAUCCAUCACCUGAAACAUGGUUUGAACGUAGAUUAGCAUAUACACGCAGUGUAGCAACAACAUCCAUGGCAGGAUAUAUUUUAGGAUUAGGAGAUAGACAUUUAAGUAAUAUCUUAAUUGACCAAACAACUGCUGAAGUAAUUCAUAUUGAUUUUGGUAUAGCAUUUGAACAGGGAAAGGUAUUACCAAUUCCUGAAACCAUUCCGUUUCGACUUACACGAAAUAUUGAAGUAGGAAUGGGUGUAUCUGGCAUAGAGGGAACAAUGAGACAUUGUUGUGAAAAAACAUUAACCGUAUUACGCGAUCAAAGACAAAUAAUCAUAACACUGCUUCAAGUUCUUAUAUAUGAUCCAUUAUUUAAGUGGACUAUAACCCCUGCUAAAGCACAUGACAUACAAAGUUUUACAGCAACUAAUAAAACAGCAAAAAGAGCUCUUUUAAGAAUAGAACAGAAACUACAAGGCACUGAAGAAGGAUUAGCAUCUAGUGUAUCUGGUCAAGUUGAGAGACUUAUACAAGAAGCUCAUGAUCCUAUUAAUCUUUGUCGUCUAUAUUGUGGGUGGCAACCAUAUCUAUAAUUUUAUAUUUUAUAAUUAAAAAAAGUUUUUAUCGAAAUGUAUAAAUUUAGGAAUUAUUUUCCAUAAUAACUAUUUUAAGAGUAAAAUAAAUUAUAAACAUCGUUCGUAUUUUCAAUUAAUUUUUAAUUUAUUGUAAAUUAGAAAUAUAAAUAUAUACAUAUAUAAUGCAUAUAGUAUAACGUACAUAAAGAGAAUUAAAUUAUAUCAUUAUUUUAAUAGGUUUAGCCUUUAACUUCAAUAAUUGGCAUAAUGCAUUAUUUAAAGUUAAUAAAGAACCAUUUUAUAUAAAUAUUAAAAUACAAUAAGAUAACUUAUACAUCAAACAUACAGAAAGAAAGGAAUACGAAAACUCUACUAUAUUCUAAUAAUUUAUUUUUAUUAUUAAUGUACAUAAGAUUCGUAAAAAUUUAACUAAAAAAAUAUACAGACGACAAAACUUUAUUAAUGUCAAAAGUACCUUUUGAUGGUACAUUGAUAAAACAAUUGCGUAUUUCUUCCAAGUUAAAUUUAGCGUUACAUCCUUGUGUCCUUUUGUUCAUAAUAUCUACAGUACAAGCAUGAGUCCAAAAACAAUCAUGCACCGAGACAAAAGUAACGUUAUUUUUAUAACAAUUCAGCCCAGUAAGCAUCAUGUGAGUGGAAUCCAAAGAAUGUAUAAAGUUUGGUGCGAAUGCAUUACGCUGUUUCAUUGUAUCAGGUUUUCUGUUGCCUUUACCAACACGUUUUUUUGGAAACUGUUGUUUCGUAUAAGGUUGUACAACAGGAAGACCUAACGGAGUAAUCCAUUCCAUAUUUUGAUAAAAAUUAGAAGAAAUAAUUUGAGCACACUGUGUGAACCAAUCUUGAAUUUCCCUUGCACUUUUAAACAUUUUUCUUAAACUGUGAAAUGUAUUUUCAGUCAAAUAUAUACUAGCUUGCCAAACAUAUUCCUUUGGGAAGUUUUCUAUAUCUAUAUAAAAAAUGUAAACAUUAAAAUAUAUUUUCGCUUUUUUUUUUAGUUUGUAGCAACAUUCCUUAAAUUUUUCCCUCUUCAUUCGAAUGUCCUAAAGAAUAAAGUGAAAUUUUUACCUUUUAACUGUUUUGCUAUUUGAAGUUUUGCACCAUAUUUUGUUACACCAUAUACCGUCGUCAUCACAGUUUGCUUUAUAACUUUCCUUUUUAUAAAUCCUUCUAAAAUUUGUGCAAUUCUAACAUUAUUUUUUGCGUCGAUUUGUCGUUGCGCUUCAACAAUUGACACAACUUCGGAAUACACAUCUUUUGGAAUAUCAAAUGGAUGUAGAUUAACACUUUCCGCACCAAUUUGAUCUUUACCAAGUGCCGCAUAAUGUUGAAGUCCAUUACAACUUCCAUCUUGAUGAACUGGAAACGUAGAUACAUACUUUUCUACAUUUAGUGCCUUCAAUGCAUUUGCUAUUUCCAUACAUGCAGCUAAAGUUUGCCAAGGUUCUUCCGAUUGUUUCCACCACAUUUUACCCUUUACAAUGUUUCGUAGCACUAUCAAUUAUAUUAUCCAUAUUUUCAUUUGCAUAUUUAAGACGUUCUUUAAGAGACUCUCCUUUCUUAAAACUGGUUAAAUUAAUAACAUGUAAUUUUAACCAAUCCAAUCCAUUUGGACCUAAAGGUUUUCCCUUCGCAAAUAAAAGUAAAGAACGACCCAAAUCAGAUGACAAAUGAUUCAAGUAUGGAGGUACUGGAUAGACUCUUCCUCUAAAAUCCAAAUUAUGUGGCAGCCAAAAUAUUUUAUUCCUAUACUUUAAAAAGAUAAAGAAAUCUUACUAUACGAAAUGGUAUAAAUAUAUAGAACGAAGCAUAUAAUUACAAGACUAAACGAAUUUUUAAAUUCUAUUAAUUUUUAAACUUCUACCGUUAAUACUACUUAACAAUUUACUUAUUAAUAAAAAAUUAAAUACAUACAUGAUUGGCAAUAGAUAACUUAUAAAGAGUGUCGCACCACAGAGAAUACAUAUUGUCUUUCUUUUGAAUAUAUUGAGCUUUUGCUAGUGCUGCUUUUUGUUUCUCUUCGACAGUAGCAUUCUUACUUACGGGAUUUGGUGGAGAUAAUACCGAAAUUGAUUGAGGAACUUUUAAUUCUGCAGAACCACCAUCUUGAAAAAUCUUGAAAAAAAUAUCUAGUAUGGCAGUAUUAAUUUUCCAUGGUAUAGAACUAAGCUGAUUCAAUGAAUCAAAUAUAGGAAAUAAUUGCUCCGAGUCCGUAAUUUUAAGUUGAUGCCAUGAA